AUGGGCGAUAGAUCAAUAAUUUCUCGUGCUAUUGUUGCAGUAGUUGAAAACCCCAUAAUCCAAGUAAACGUGUUCACCCGUAAUUUAGAUGUAGCUCAUUUCGCCAAUAUCUUGAACCUCGAGAAUGGGAGGUCGUCUCGAAGCGAUUUAAAAGUGUGCGCUUAUAAUAUAUUCAAAGUAGUGGUCAAUGAAGAGGCGAUGAAUAUCUUGAACGAAUCUAACCCUAAUGUGAUAGGAUAUUCCUCAACCAAACUAUGGAAAAGGGCUCCGCAGCAUGUCAAAAACGAAUACAGAACGUGUGCCGAACGUUUAGAGGCAAUUAUUCCCAAAAGAAGAUUCCAAAAGAUUUGA